CUUACUUUGUACUCUUUCUAAAUGCACAUAUUUAUUUGGUUUGCCAAUUCUUCUUCAGCAUGGGCAUUAUUGGAGUUUAAAAUGUCGCAUCAUAUGAUCUCCAUACCAAAUCAUCCAAAACCUUAUUUCAAAUUCAAACCCUAAUCCCGGUCCCUGAGGCAUUCCUCCCAAACUCUCAACUCUUCCCUCUCUCUGAACACCUCAAAAUUUGUUCACCCAUCGACAAUGGCGGACCACGAUUGCAAAGACUUGGAUAUGGGAUAUGAAGAUAAGCCACUAGAGCCAGAGAGUGAAGGAGGUGCAGAUGAGUAUCUGGAGAGUAUAAUCUUGGGUACCCGUGCUCUGCAGGUCAGCAUGAAUACCCCUGUGAUGAUUGAAUUGGAGGGUGAGACUCACCCACCUGAGGAUAGGAGUUCUCCAGCAAGUGCUUUGGAGAUUAGGAAAAUUCUUGAUGUUCUGAUGCACGCAUCACAAUGUCCUUUAGCUCCUGCAUCACAGUGUCAGUAUCCCAAUUGUCGUAAGAUUAAGGGGCUUUUCCGCCAUGGAAUUCAAUGCGAGGACCGUGUAUCUGGAGGAUGUGUUCUCUGUCAGAAGAUGUGGUAUGUCCUUCUACUUCAUGCUCGAGCUUGCAAAGAAUCUGAGUGCCAUGUGCCACGUUGCAGCGAUUUAAGGGGACAUAUGAGGAGGCAGGAGCAGCAGAAGUCUGUGACGGAGAUGAUGAGCGGAUGGAGGUUGUGAAAGCAAGUUUGUGUGACUUUCUUUGGUGGCGUUUUAAAGGCUGGUAGGGAGUUAACCAUAUGACAUGGGUGCGCCCAUGUUGUGUAGUAAUAGGGGUCUCAGAUUAAAACGAAAGACAAUCAUGUGGAUAUACAAACAAAUGCCAACUGUAUCGUGUACACAUUUAGAAGUAUAUACGUAUUGCAUGUUGUACAAUUUACAAUUUCGUUAAAAUGCGUGUACCUCAAGAUCCUGA